CUGGGACGGCGCCUAGAUGCCGUCCAAGGGGCCCUUUAAAACUCCUUUAGAUCGGUUGUGCCUGUCAAGCCAAGGACCCUCGUCCCGCAAACUUUCGCUGUUUCGUUCCCAGAAGCGUUGCUUUGUACAAUAACAUCCUUUUUGUGUUUCUUUCUCAGUGCUUGUCGCCCGCGUGUGAUUUAUCAUAUACGUUUUCCCCGGUGUGGGUAGGUUGUUUCGUGCAGCACGGAGCAGUCUCUGAGCCGACGUAAACCUGGCAAAAGUUGCGGUCGUGCUACAACCUCCUGCGAAACCUGACUCCUUUCCCACUUGAGGAUUUGUCCGCGAGCAUAUCCGCCUCGGGCCCACGCCCUGUAUUUGUACAUCAGCAUAGUUCAAUAUGGCGUUUUCGAAUGGCAUGAGAUCUCCUCCCAAUGAGUCGUCUUUUCCUACCACCUAUACGACGCCCAUCCGUCCCAUCGGCUCGCAGCUGUCAUCGACGCCUUCAACUGCCGAGCGAGCACAAUUGCAUAGGAGGUUCACGACCAAUGCUCUCCCCACAAUACCUACUCUGUCUUCUCUGGGCCCACUGUCCCCGAUAGGUCAGCAGAGGCGACAGGCUGCUGAGCCUCCUUCGGCAUCCGAUCUGGCUGCUGCUACAUUGCAGAAAAUACAAUUGUUGCAAAAACGCAAGGAGGAGUACGAAGCUCUGCGAGAACAGCGCCAUCGAUUUCAGAGUGCGCUUGAUAAUUUCGACGCUCUCAAUAAGGAGGAACUGCAACGCCUUGAAUUCGACAUUCGCAAGCUUAGCAUGGGCGGCCAUCAGUCAGAGCCAGCUACCCCACCCGAGUACCGUGAGGGUAUGAUCACUAACGGUAGCCGUGUAAAUCGUCUUUCCAUUGCAAGCUUGACCUCAGCUCCAGGAAUCAGUUCAAUUGCUUCACCACGAACUACCCGCUCAGGCUCUCAGGGCGUUCAUACUCCCUUUGCUCACUCUACUGGCAACCUCCUUCCGUCGUUCUCUGUACCACAGUCACGCCGCGGAUCAGACGAAGAGGAAGAUAGCUUCUCUGGCCUCGACUUUAGUAGUGCCUCCCGGCGUCCAAAUGGGGUUAAUAGGAACUCAAUGCCUGCUAUGUCUUCAAAUUUCGAGUUUUCGGGGAUGGAAAGCGGAGUGAAUUCAGUCCUAGGGAUCAACAAUCUUAAGUCGUUGCUUGCCGACGAUGAGGACGAUAAUGUUCCAGGACAGACCCUUAGCGCUUUGACGGAUGGUAUUAAGCACCUACAUAUGGAGACCAAUGGCGACGGAUUUCCGCUCUUACGCCGCCGUGACACGGAUGUUGAUCAAGCUCCAGAUGAUCGUCAAACAAACGGCUUGUCUGCCGUUCAUCGUCACCGUGCUGGUCAGCAGUCACUUCCGUGGAACACUCUACGCCAUUCUCAGCAUGAAGAUGUGGAUGAAAAUAUCUUUGCUAGCCCUGGUCGCAAGCCAAACAUUAACAAUCGGCGCUCUAUGGAGGUGUACUCCAGUGGAUUUGGGACCCAGUCUAAACGAUCCAGCAUGCAAUCCAUGAUCAAUGGCUACCCGGGUGGCGUCCCCAAAUUGCAGCAGUCCUUCUCAACGAAUGAUAUCCCUACUGUAAAGAAUGCCAACAUGCAUGAGCAGAACACCAGUUCGGCUGCAAAUAUGACGCAUGCCGAGCAGCACCUCCACAAUCACAAUGCUAGCAUGGGUCGCAUUCCGAUUGCUGCAUCUAACCGUCAGAGUCGCGACUUCACGUCAUUUGAUACACGAGCCGACGAAAGUCCACACGUACCUGUGUCGUCUGCUCUCCAAGGCAAUGCCCCAGCGUUCCAAAAUCCGUCUGGCGCUCUGAAUAGCCCUACUAACCUUGGCUCUUUAGCGAAUACGAUGCCUUCCACCUUCGGUCACGGCCAUAACUACUACAACAAUUACAAUCCGCCAGCCAUGACAGUUGGUAUGAACGCUGUCAGUUUUGGAGGCCUCCAGGCUGGCUGGACCAACGGCGGUUAUGGACAGCACUAUCAGAAUUAUAACCAUUACAGUGGUGUAUAUCCUAGACCUGCUUUCCAAGCACCCGACAGUCAGCGUACUGUAAUGAAGAAUCGCAAAGGAGAAGAGGAGAAUACACGUUUCACUCAACACAAUCUGGAGACCCUGACAGGUCAAAUUUACGACCUCUGCAAGGAUCAACAUGGCUGCCGGUAUUUACAGCGAAAGAUUGAGGAAGGAAACGAUGCCCAUAUCGAAAUGAUUUUCAAUGAAACAAAGGAUCAUAUCGUCGAGCUCAUGACUGAUCCAUUUGGAAAUUACCUAUGUCAGAAACUGCUUGAAUAUUGCAACGAUGAUCAACGCACGACUCUCAUUAAUAAUGCAGCUCCACAUAUGGUCAAGAUUGCUUUAAAUCAACAUGGUACACGUGCACUGCAAAAGAUGAUUGAGUUCAUCUCCACGCCUGAGCAGGUUCGUCGGCCUGGUUCUGCUCCUAGCAACCCAGCCAUUAAUCGCUAUCAGAUUGAGACUAUCAAGCAUGCGUUGUCCGCCGACAUCGUCGGUCUCAUACAAGAUCUGAACGGCAAUCACGUCAUCCAGAAGUGUCUCAAUCACCUUAAGCCCGAAGACGCGGAUUUCAUCUUUCAAGAGGUUGCGCGCAAUUGCUUGAGUGUCGGUACUCAUCGACACGGCUGCUGUGUCCUUCAGAGAUGCAUCGACCACGCAGUAAACGGCCAGAAGGCCAUGCUGAUCCAAUCGGUCAUUGCCAACGCCUUUGCGCUUGUACAAGAUCCUUUCGGCAAUUACGUUGUUCAGUACAUUCUCGACUUGGCAGUACCGGAGUUCACGCGGCCGCUCUGCCUAAGUUUUGAGGGCCGUAUGGUCGAGCUAUCCCGACAGAAAUUUAGCUCGAAUGUCAUGGAGAAAAUGAUUCGCUGCUCGCCAAUGGAUAUUCGCCACAACUUGUGCAUGGAAUAUAUGACUAGCUCGCAUGACGUAGAACGUCACAUUCGAGACAUGUACACAAACUACGUAGUGCAGACUAUUCUUGACUAUGGUUCACCAGAAACGGCAGAACAGAUGUGGUCUUUGAUUCGACCAAUCAUUGACCGCGUUCGCGCUACUCCUGCUGGCCGUCGCAUUCACAAUAAAUUACAAGCUCAUGACGCAGAGAGUGAGGGAAAACAACCAAUUAACAUGAACAACGGAUCUGGAGGAUUUUACACCGCUCAGACACUUCCCUGGAUGCCACACGGAGCUCAGCACCCGCAUGGGAAUGGUACACAACCAUCAUUCUUCUAACGGACAACGGCGACGCAGUUCGACUAUGAUAAAACUUGAACUUCUAGACGCAUCUUGGCUGAAUUGACGCGUUCACAUUCAAAUUUCUUAGGUGUCUCUCGAUCUGUCAUAGCUUCGCACGAAUUCAGAUUACGAACUUGACGGUCUGUACCGAUAAAGAAAAUACCCCUUGUAUCCUGGCACACCCAGCAUAUGUAUACUACUGGCAUCAUUCGGCGCGUGUGUUGGUCCUCACGCAGGAGUGACUUCGCAUUUUCUCGACGCACAACACGAAACUACCGGCGAUGGCAGACAAACCACAUUAACCUGAAAUGAGUAUAUCCUCUUUGCCUCACCUAUUGUAUCAUCCGUUGAUCGUUCCUCAUGGUGACGAGUGACGACAAACAACAUCGAAACCCGAAUCAGUCUUCAUAUUUUGCUCCUAGUAUAGUUAUAAGAAAAAGCCUCUAGUUCUGGACGAUCAGAUUUGACUUCACGACAUCGCAAGACAUAUUUCUUUGCUUACAGGCUAUGUUCUGCCAACAGCGAGCCCACGGCUGGACUCGAUGCCCCGACAGGAACGGCUUGCAAUCUUCUUUUUUCUUUUGUCAGAAUUUGGGAUUUGCAUGGAGACGUUCUCUUCUAUGGUUUAAUGCCUUUGAUAUUUAACUUCCACGGCUCACGACUUGGCUCAAUGGCAGUCAAUGGCCUCGUAGCGACAAUGACUAGUGGCACGAUGGAAUGAGACGGCUGCUCACACAAUCACGUAUGUAUUUAGGCAAUUGCAGAAUAUUACUUCGCAAUUUUGUGUCAGUAUCGUUUCAACUAUUUAACACGACCUUUCUUCCGAC